UUGCGCAAACACGAGGGGCAGUCACCAACGUUGUUUCCUUUGAGCUUUGCAUGUGCGCCAUCAUUUUGGAACAUGACAUGACAUAGCCCCUUCCGGAAGCUGCGCGACUACGAACAAUAGUAACAUCGAAAGCAGCAGCCAUUGUUCGCUUCGACCACUCACACGAGUCUUCUUCACGUGCCUUAUUAGGUCGGGGGCAGAGUUAAGAAGAUGACAGUCCCAUUACGAAGCUCGGCGCAGGUGCCGUCUGAACGCUUGGAAGAGAUUAUUUCCGGAGAAGGCCGGAUAGAGGAGCUGUCAGAUUCAGAACUUGGUUCAGAAGACGAGUACGAAGACAUGGGCACAGCAACGCCUGAAGAGCAGGCGAACAUUGCUUAUCUGGAGUGCGUGCGGAUACCAAUCCAUGAGGAUUUGCAAACGAGUACAUCGAAAACACAGGAUGAGACGCUCAAGGUCAUUUUGCCGUUUCUGGAGGGGAACCCCAAUGAAUUCACACUGAACUCACACGGCAUUUCACAACUGCAACGAAAGAAACAUGUAUUGUACUUGGAAGAUGCGCUGGACGACUACCCGGGAGGGUUCGCUAUGAUGGACGCUUCACGACCGUGGAUCAUCUACUGGGCUUUGCAAGGCUUGACGGCGCUGGGUGAAGACAUCUCCGAACAUCAGCGGAGAACAGCACAUACUUUCUCGCUGGCUCAACAUCCCGACGGUGGCUUUGGUGGUGGCUACGGGCAACUGCCACAUCUCGCAUGCUCAUAUGCCGCCACGCUCUCGCUAGCAACAGCAGGUGGCGAAGCUACGUACGGAUCGAUCAACCGCAAGACAAUGUGGCAUUUCUUGGGUCGUAUGAAGCAAGCAGAUGGAGGCUUUACUAUGUGUCAAGGGGGCGAGGAGGAUAUUAGAGGUGCUUUCUGCGCAAUGGUCCUCCUGUCGCUGCUCAACCUACCGCUCGAGCUACCAAACGAUUCACCGGCUCGACAACAAGGCCUUACAACAUUCACAGACAACCUCGGCGACUGGGUGUCGAAGUGCCAGUCAUGGGAUGGCGGCAUCUCCGCAGCACCUGGCAACGAAGCCCACGGCGCCUACGCAUUCUGCGGCCUGGGAUGCCUCUCCAUCCUCGGUGCUCCAAAGGAAACACUGAACAAGUACCUCGACAUCCCACUUCUAGUUCACUGGAUGUCUUCCCGCCAAUGCACUCCCGAAGGCGGCUACAACGGCCGCACCAACAAGCUCGUUGACGGCUGCUACUCGCACUGGGUAGGAGGCUGCUGGUCGCUCGUCGAAGCUGCAACAACAACCGGGAUCUGGAACCGCGCGGCGCUUGGGCGCUACAUCCUCGCAGCUGCGCAAGACAAGAAGGGUGGCCUGAGAGAUAAGCCUGGCAAGCGCUCGGAUGCUUACCACACUUGCUACAACUUGGCUGGGUUGAGCGCUGCGCAGCACCGUUACGUUUAUGAUGAGGGCAUCAAUAAAGGUCUUGGGGAGGUUGGCUUGGGUGCGCCGUUCCGUUGGAAGGCAGAAGGCUUGUAUGAGGAGGAUACUAUGUGGGAUGCGAGCGAUGUUGUGGGAAAAAUCCAUCCCGUGUUCGUUAUUCCGUUCAGGGCUGUGUAUGAGUGCAGGAGGUAUUUUGAGGAUAAGGAGGGCUUCUGACAUCUGUAUAUACGACUUCUUAUCACCACUUGAUAUCAAC